AUGGACAAGUUUACUAAGACUUCUCCGGUGCUUGGCAGGCUCCGGCUCGCUAACCUGCAGGAUGCGUCGGACAUAUUUGAGCUCUGCACCGAAUCUAUGGCGAAGAAUUUCCGCAUACAUCAAGUGGUUGAUAUAAUUGUCCUUAUAGAGUCCUCCACGCUAUCAAUUGUUCAGCUCAAUGAAAAAAACGCAAUCGUCGGGUUUCUGGCCGCAAAAGACCAUCCUUUACUACCCUCGGUCCACCCAUCUGCGUGGGAACACUAUAUCUGGACUAAAUACAGAAUGAUACAAAUGACUGCUCGGAAUAGCCUCUUCAUCCAUCUCCUUUGUUGGAGCGAGUUCUACGGGCGCGAAGUAGUCGACGGCCUACUGAGAAGUUUGUUCAUGCACGACUCGUACCUGAUGAAUGUUGCUUUCAUCAAGUGCAUGCCUCAAUAUCCAAUCCUAAUGCCAGGACAUAAUCGCUGCGAGAAUUCUUUUCGACGAGUAUCUGCGGCGGAGCGCGGGAUAGCACCCGAUCUAGUGCCUACGCUCUACUUGGCUGAGCGCUCAGAAGUGUGCCCGAGGCUCAGGGUGCGAAGGGCGGUCGAGGAGGACAACGACGACUUGGUUCCAAUAAUCGACCAGCAUUCCAAACGCCUACGGGAAUUGUACGGCGAGUUCUAUAUCAGCGAAUUGAUAGCGCGGCAUCCAGAAUCUGAACGGGUUCUCUUAGUUGGAGAACAUAAAGAAUUGGCAGUCGGAGUGAUGAUCCUUAACACAAUGAUCGACUUCGAGUCUUUGGAGGAGAGCUACGAUCUCUCUCCUUUCGCGGGACUCCGUCAUUUAAACGGCAAGCCUGUUGUGCAAUACGUCAACUCUUCCGCAGAAAUUGUGGGGAGCAGCAAGCCAGAGAUAGGUGACCCGAAUCUUAGGAGAUCUGGCAAUCCCGUUCCUCGUCCUUGUGAUAAAGCGGACCAGAAGAAGAGCUUAAACUGGAGCUUAUUGAGCGGCGACGUUUCACAAUGGGAAUCCGAAGAGGUUAUCUUCGAGCUGCCGAUGGUGGAUAACGACGACGACCUAGUAGAUUACGACAUAGUCAACAUCACUAAUGAACUGAUGCGGAUACCGAGGCCGCUCUCCGUGGAACUCAAUAUAGUCUUCGAGCUGCAACCGGAUAAGACCCUGCAAGUGGUCGAGACCAAAGAAACAUCGGCCACUUUUCCUUCGUCCACACUAGAUUUUCAUAAGCUGAAACAAACAUCAACCGACAAAGUUCGUACUCGUCCCGCGUUGGAAAUCGUACGCUACCCGGGAACCCCGAACGCUUUUCUGUUAGAAUUGUUUGCGAUGCAACAAGAUUACGACGAAAGAUAUGGGUACGACAUUCUGCAGACAGCGUUCGAGAUGUUUCCCGACAGAGAUUAUUGUGUGUUGUGUCUCCCAUCGAACCAACCAGCAUUUCCUCUCCUUGAACAUUUUACGCUAGUUACUCCCAAACACUACCGGGAGAAGUACACGAACCAAUCACUCUAUGUGGCACAUGUUAACUCCGUACGCGAGACCGUGGCAGUUCGUCCAGCAGAAGCGUUCGACUUCCCGUCCAUAGCUCACAUCCUUGAACAUGUACACGACAAACAUGACAUACUUCGACUCCUGGAGAUGAGUCUCGUAUCGGACGAGUUGGACGCCUACGUGCUGUUGAGCCAGCGCGAGGCCGUUGGAGUAGUUAUCCUCGAGUCUCUAGAUAAUUGUGUUGGGGUCCGAACGCAGUACGACUUAGAGCCUGAACCUAGAAGCGCGGGCACCGACGGCGCGAUCGUUGCAGGGGUACUCUCGCCAGCCUUGGAGCCCCACGCGCGCUGGUAUCUCCGCGACCUCAUACGCCAUUCCAAGUUCUACCACCUGUUCUGGCCGAGCCAGCUCAAUAAAACUGGCAAGUACUCGAGCCGAAAUAUAAUGUCGCUGGCAGGACGAAUGGUUCCCAUCGUGCCGUACCGCCAUCCCGUGCCUAAUAUCACCGGGAUCAAAUAUCUGGAUAAAGUGAGGGAUUCAACGAAAAGUUGCGCAUUGUUUGGCAUUGAGACGCAGUUGACAGCGUUGCCUAAAGUGGACGUGAACCAUGGAAUUGUGGUCGUCGGCGCCAGUCGGACUGGCUUGGCCUUUAUCGAAACUCUACUUAUGGGUCCCGCAUCCCAUUACCUGACAUUUACGAAUAUAACCCUUGUAUCCGAGCACGGUCUUCCGAUGCUGUGUGACUGUAUUCCGGCGGCGGAGACCUGCGUCCCCAGGAGUGGUCGAUACACGGAUCGAUAUAUGAAGUGCCUCCCGUUGUAUUACUACGUGGACUGUAUGACUGGCGUUUUGGUGGAGAUUAAUAGAAAGAAGAAAUUGAUCCGGCUGCAAAGCGGAGCGGUAAAGUACUACGACGAGCUGGUAUUGACAUGUGGCCAGCAGUUUCAACACCCGGAUUAUUUGGCGGAGUCCUUCGCUCAUAGCAAAAAGAUGAGUAAGGGUAAGCCGUGUGAGAGGAUAUUGAUGGACAACCCCAAGUACCGGCCAGACAAAGUGCCGCCGCGGCCCGACUUGCCCGAAAACGUGUUCGUGAUUAACUCCAUGUACGAAGCCAACAUUUGCUUGAGAAGGCUAAUGACCAUGAUCAAUGCACGCCCCGAACACUUAAGCGCCAAGAAUCAGAUAAUUGUGUACGGAGACCACAUGGAGUCCUACAGCACUAUGGCGGCUCUGCUUGAACUAGGCAUCGCUCCUAAGGAGAUCGCCUUUGUGGAGCCAUUCCCGCCUCUUGACCGCAACGUGAUGAGAGUCAACUGUUUUAACGAUGAAGUGAUCGAUGAAAGAGUCCAAGCAAGCUUAGACAAUUUGGGAAUUUACGUAUACCGUGAAUGUCACUUCGUAAGCUGGCAGUUCGAGGGGAGUCGCAUCACCAGCCUGGACGUGAUGUCGCCACUCCAUACGAUCUCCAUACCCUGCUUCGCUCUUUUUUAUUACGGCUUGAAGGCUAUUAACUAUUAUGCUUUUAAAGCGAUUAGCGAGUGCGGACUAGUAUAUGACGGCGGCUUAGUGGUAGACACGAAGUUCAAGACCAAUGAUGCCCACGUGUAUGGCGCGGGUACCUCCGUUCAGUACUCGAGACGGUUGCGCGCUGACCGCCAGUUGCACCGUGAUCGUUGCUCCGAGGACGUGGGCGAGGCGCUUGCGAAUAUAUUCCUGCGUCAAAUGGACCCUUUCGUGAUGGCGGAUCCGGAGGAACUUUCGGAUCCCAUGCCAAGAUACAGAUCGAGCUUACUGAACUGUAGGUGGGAACCUGUGAUGGAAUUUGUGUCGCCUCUUUUACUUGCGGCUACUUUCCCGGGCCCACUGUAUUAUUUGCACCUGAAGUCGCCUGGUGUGGACACACCGAUGGAAGUCAGACUGACCUUGCCUCAUCAAGGCCAUUCGCUGACUACGGACAAGGACGGCAACUAUUUCCAACUGCGAGUUGACGAGUUCCAUUGCAUAGAUUGCGUCACAUGCCUGGCCAAAAAAGUUCCUUGCUACAAUAUACUCGCUCUAAUUCACGGAAUGCAUGAGUCUCUGUUUAACAACUUGCUUGCUAGAUAUAUGAUGAACAAGAUUGACGAUUUUUACGAGUUCUUUAUGCAGCCGUGGAUGUCGGCAUUGUACCAGGAGGCGUUCGGGAACCUAAUCAGAGUUAUUUGCCAACAAAAUGUUGGGACGGUGUAUGAUUUAGUCAAGUCUCAUUUCUCGCUGUUCGCACAUGAUGAUAUGAGUUUUAAUGAAGACGGAGUGGAAAGCCCGGAAAUGAUGAACAUUUUCCAGGAGUGUGGUCAAAGUGCAAUAAUGCGUAACGACGCGAGGGCAUUUUGGAACGCGUUCGGCGGCGACCGCAUCGUGACGGCGCACCUCGCGCGCUACUUCGACCGCCACCGGCUGUUGAAUCCGCAGUACGCCAACAUCAGAGCCGAUCUUAUCUAACAUAUGCGCUGUUCCGAGGAAGACUACGAAUGAAGAC